UCCAGUGAAGAUGAAGAUGAAGGAAGAUUAGAAAUUUGUAAUUCAAAGUUGUAUCUUGAAUUCAAAUUUCAGUUUUAUUAUUAGAGUUUGUUUUUGAAACAUUUUCCGAAUGACGAAAAUUUAAGAAGAAUAAAAAAAUUGCAACUGUUUUACUUUGCUCUCGAACUCCUUAACCUUAUCAGUGAAUUCACCGUCAUCGCGACCCAGUCACCACCCUCGUAAAAUUUCUUGUGUUCGUUCAAUCUUUGUGGAUUCAACUAAAUGAAGAUUAAUACAUCGCAUUCAACAAAAGCGAGAGGCCGCCCGCCGAAACACAAGCCUCGAUGUGUAUGGUGCGAUGAACUGAAGCCACUGAUUUUCAUUCUUCCUUCGGCUCGUGGAAACAAGGCAUUCUGUGGACCAAGUUGUUUAGCUUUUUACCGUAAAGCGCACAUGAAAGCAGCAUGUACUGAAUGUGAUAUCGCUAUAAGAAGUUCUCCGGUCAAAUGGGAGCAACCCAAUAACACUAGCAAAGAUUUCUGUUCGAAAGAUUGCUUAAAGAAACAUCAGAAAAACUUGUCCUUUGAAAAGACUGGUGACAAAUCACAAUUCGAUGAUGUGACUUCCAAUACUAAUGAUCUCCCUUCUAGUCCUACGCAUUUUUUGGGUAUUCAAUCUCAUCAGUCUUUCGAUUGGGAAACCUAUUUAAGGGAAACGAAUAGCGAAGCAGCUCCGGAGUAUUGUUUCAAACAAGAUGUUGAACCGCCGGAGAAUCAUUUUAAACUGAAUAUGAAACUCGAAGCUUUGGAUCCUCGUAAUGCUACUUCGACUUGUAUAGCGAAUGUAAUUAGUGUACUUGGACCGCGUUUACGUUUGAGGCUCGAAGGAGGUGAUAAUAAAAAUGAUUUUUGGAGACUGGUCGACUCUAAUGAAAUACACCAUAUCGGACAUAGUGAAGAAAAUAAUGAAAUGUUGCAACCACCAUUAGGUUUCCGUUCGCACGCUUCAAGUUGGGCUGCGUUUCUUAAGAAAACGCUAAAUGGCGCCCUUAUGUCACCUACAAACGCAUUCAAACCCGAACCUCCAACUCCGCUUCAAAAUUAUUUCAAAAUUGGUCAAAAAUUGGAAGCUGUUGAUAAAAAGAACCCUCAUCUCAUAUGUCCCGCUACAGUCUCCGAUGUUAAAGACGACCAGAUUUUCAUUACUUUCGACGGAUGGAAAGGAGCUUUCUGGUGCCCGUAUUACGAUCGUGAUAUAUUCCCUGUAGGAUGGUGUGCCAAAAGCGGUCAUCCCGUACAACCGCCUAAAAGUAUAAAUUCGGCGAAUAAAAUCAAAUCGCGGGUGCAAGUCGUGUCCCCUAUUCCGCAAACUGAUAAUUCUUCUCAACCAUCAAGUAGUGCUCAUCCGAUACAUGUGACUCCGUCUUCAUCUCAGGUAACCCUAAUCGAAGCUGAUACCUCGACGUCCAUUCCGAGAAAUGAAGGACGAGCCCAACAAGAAGCUGCAACUUCAACAACACAGGCCGAAAUGCCUCCGAAACUUCCAACGAAUCCAGCAGACUGGUCUUUCGAAGACGUAGUUGCCUAUAUCUCAUACUGCGAUCCCGGCCUCGGUGUACACGCUGAUUUAUUCAGAGAACACGAAAUCGACGGAGGAGCUUUAUUAUUAGUCAAUGCGGAUACAUUGAUGUCUGGCAUGGGAAUCAAACUGGGACCAGCUUUAAAAAUUUGCCAUCUCGUAUCAAAAAUUAAGAAUAAAAAACAUUUUGUGCUAUAAUCUGUGUGAAAUUUUCUUCUUUCUCAAAUAUUUACCAUUUUUCUGUCUCUUAAUUUAUAUUUAUGGCAAAUAGCAAUCUGAAUUCGAUCGUAGUCAAAUUGCGAUGCGCUGUAUUAGGAAUAGGAUUUUGUUGUACAAUUUAAGAAUUCGCAUUCUAUUUAUAAGUAUAAUUAAUAUUAUUGACUUCGUUUAAAGAUCUUCAUUGUUUAUUUUUUGUAAUAUUAUUUAAAACGUAAAAUAUACCAUGUAGGUAAUUAA